AUGUCCGCCGAGCUUGACCUCGACCAGCUGUCAUCCAGCGAGCGAGCAGCUCUGGAACAGUACAUUACUGUGACUGGGCAAGAGCCAGCAGAGGCCAUCCCCCUGCUCCGUCGGUCACAAUGGAAUGUUCAGAUUGCCAUCGCCAAGUUUUUUGAUGGCGAAGGUCCAGACCCAGUCGAGGAAGCGCGUGCGGCUCUUCCCCAGUCCCCUCCACCUCGCCCAACUCGCCGAACGCAAAACCUGAUGACCGAGGAUCUCAGAGAGCAUCUAUCCCCGGCUGCUCGUGCCUCCGAUCUGGCCCCGCGAGUUGACACACAACCCGAAGAUCAACCGGUCUACCGCCCUCCCUUCCUCCUUGCUCUCUUAUUCACCCCAUUCAAUCUCAUCUAUCGACUCCUCUACAGCUCUUUCCGUCUCUUCGGCACUUUAUUUCCUUUCUUGCCUCGGUUGUUCCGUACGACCGCCAGCCCAGCUCUCCAAGGGGCACGACGGAAUACCACGGGCCGUCGGACGCUUGGUCCUAAGGAUACCGCCGCCCGGUUUAUCCGUGAAUUUGAGGAGGAGUAUGGAUCUCACUCUCUGCCUUUCUUGGAAAAUGGCUACAAUAUGGCGCUGGAGAAGGCGCAUCGCGAUUUAAAGUUCUUGCUUGUUGUCCUUCUGGCACCAGAGCACGACGAUACGAGUAGCUGGGUUCGGGAUACGUUGCUCGCUCCAGAGGUGGUGGAAUUCCUCAAUGACCCGCAAAACAACCUCCUUGUGUGGGGUGGGAGUGUCCAGGACGCCGAGGCCUACCAGGUGGCCAAUUCGCUGAGAUGCACGAAGUUCCCUUUUGCCGCUGUGACCGUCCAUACUCCCAAUGUGUCUUCGACCGCCAUGUCCGUCGUCGGCCGCAUUGCGGGAACCUCGUCUCCGUCCGAAUUCGUCAACCGUCUCCGAACCACCCUGGCUUCGAACCAGGAGCCCCUCGAACGCAUCCGAUCCACGCGUGCCGAACAGCAAGCCUCCCGCAGCCUGCGCGAGCAGCAGGACUCGGCGUACGAACGCUCGCUUGCAAUCGACCGGGAGCGAGCGCGUCUUCGCCGCGAAGCCGAAGCUGCCCGCCAGCGUGAAGAGGAAGAGGCGGCCGAGCAACAAGCUGCGGAGGAGAAGAAACAACAUGACCUGGCGCAGUGGAAGCUCUGGCGAGCACAGACCUUUAGCGCCGAACCGGGGACCGACGUCAAAGAUGCGGUGCGCAUUAGCGUGCGACUGCCAUCGGGGGAACGAAUCAUGCGCCGCUUCGCGCCCGACGCAGCCAUGGAAGAACUAUACGCGGUGGUGGAGUGCUACGAGGUUCUGCAGGAUGAGUCGCGACCCACAGAUGUGACCAAGCCGGACGGGUUUGAGCACGAGUACAGAUUCCGCCUGGUGUCCCCCAUGCCGCGCGCGGUAUAUGCGGUGGAAGAGGGCGGGUCUAUCCGCGAGAAGAUCGGCCGGGGCGGUAAUCUACUAGUAGAACCGAUCGAUGAGGAGGAUGAAGAGACCGAAGACGUGGAAGACGAGGCAGCCGAUUCAGGGUGA